UUUCGCACCACUCUGUCUGUAUCCCUGGAUCGCGGGGUACCCAUGAUGCACUGGGGCACGCGCGUGUCUCACUGAAGUGUGUGGUGCGGCUGGCGCCGGUGUUCAGUCAACGCUGGGGCGCAGUCACGUUGCAGUUCUUGCCACUUUGCCAUGUGUGACAACCUUCCCUGAUUUGUCUCUUCCGGCCACUCGAUGCAACGCUUUCCUCACCACUUUCUGCCAAUGGACCCUCAAGUGUGUCCGCCUCCCCUGGCCAGCAGCCAGUCGCACACCUCUGGCCUGGACAAAUCCCCGUGCAGUACUUACAAACAGAGCCAUUCACGCAAUAGCAGCACUGGAUCCUCAAAGCAAUCGAAGCAGUCUCGCAACUGGGAAGUGAUGGAGGACCUGACUAAUCUGGAACAGCUUUCAGCUCUGGGUUCAACUAUGGACUUAAGUAUUCCUGGGAUCUGCGAGGGCUACUUGAUGAAAAGGAGGAAAUACCCAUUGAAAGGCUGGCACAAGAGAUACUUCCUGCUGGAGAAAGGAAUCCUGAAAUACUCAAAGACACAACAAGAUAUACAAAGAGGAAAGUUGCAUGGCUCUUUAGAUGUCAGCCUGGCUGUUAUGUCCAUCAACAGGAAGGCCAAGCGUAUUGACCUCGAUGCUGGGGACAACCUUUACCACCUCAUGGCAAAGAGCCAUGAUCUCUUCUAUAUCUGGUUGACAAAGCUGUGUGCUCAUCGUGUUUAUCGGAAAAACGAGGCAAUGAGUGUGCAGCGUGGUGUCUUGCAUGCUCUCUCCAUGGGUCACAAUACUCUGCCUGUCAUGUCCCGCCUAGCGCACCAGAACACGGUCAGUCCUAGCGCCUUUAUUCAAAUGAUGCUGUCCUGUGGUGUAUGUGUGACCCGUCAUGCUGCAAUUUCCCAGUUACCCCAGUAUGCAAGUUCAGCGUCAGUGUGCCACACCGAGAUGGGAAGCCCACUUGUGACCUCGUACCCACCUGUAUCCAACAAAGUGUCUGCCUGGUUGCAACAGACUCACGACAUUGAUGCGGCAUCCAACGACUUGGCCCAAUGUCAGGCGGAGCUCACAGAACUUGCCCAGCUCAUUCAGAGACUCCAGUGGCUGGAAGGAGGCUUCCCCAUCACUAACACAGACUUGGAGAUGCGAAUCAGCAUGCAGAAUUUAUUCCUUGAAAAGCCGAAAAAGAAGUCAAAAGGCAUUGGCCACUCCAGGACUCUGUCACGUGUUGAAGCCAUGGGUGGAGUUUUCACCUCUAGCCACCUGAGUACCAACAGCAAGUCUGUUCAGUCCAUCCCUGACCAUGUCUACUCCCAGCUGUCCAACCCCCAGGUGACUUCACCUGAAGCCAAGAAGAUUCACCAGGACAUCUGCGUUGUGUCCCAGAGAGUUCAUGACUCCUUGAAGUCCAUCCAUGAGGUACUGAUGUUGGAGCGGGAGCGAUUGCAGCAGGCGUGGACCAGCCCCGACCUGAAGCAGAAUGCUUCCCAGCAGCUGGCUACCCUGUGCAGCACACUGUCUGAGUUUGAUAUACAGUCUCACCAUACGAAAGUCCAUUCACUUUCCCUGUCCUCUGACUCUACUGAGGGAUCCUUCUGCACAGUACGUGCAGACCAGAGAACACCGUCAAUGAGCCGCCAUAGCCAGCGCCCGCCCUCUGUGGCAGACUCCAUGGCGGAAUACUUCGAUGCAAGCGAGGUGAUAGUGUGCGACAGCUCGUCGGAGGCAGAGGCUUCUGACGAGUCUGGCCUGAGUGACAUCACCACCACGAGCACUUCGGAGCCUGAAGAAGGACAUGCCAGCGCCACCCUGAAAUACCGGGCGAGUCUGAAUGCAGCUCAUGACAAGCCUCGUCCGGCUCUUCCUGACACUGGUCGCCGUACAGCCCUCCCUGCUCCAGGAACCGACAACAGCCACAUUGGCAUCAUGUCCAUCCUGUACAAUAACAUUGGCAAGGACCUGUCCAGAGUGUCCAUGCCUGUUGCUCUCAAUGAGCCACUGUCCUUGCUGCAGCGGCUGAGUGAAGAGCUAGAGUACACAGAGCUGCUGGACAUGGCGAAUCACAUUGACGAUCCUUAUGAGAGGAUGGUUUAUGUUGCGGCAUUCUCCAUCUCUGGAUAUGCGUGGGCGUCCUGGAGGUUCCGCUACAAACCCUUCAACCCUGUUCUGGGAGAGACGUACGAGAGUCACAGAGAGGACCGUGGCUUCCGUUACGUCAGUGAACAGGUCAGCCACCAUCCUCCUAUUUCUGCCUGCCAUGCUGAGUCUGAAAACUUUACUUUCUGGCAAGAUCAGAGAUGGAAGAACAAAUUUUGGGGAAAAUCUGUGGAGAUCAUCUCCAGUGGCCCAGUCAAUGUCAGCCUGCCCAGGUAUGGCGAUCACUAUGAGUGGAACAAGGCCGUGACGUGCAUUCACAACGUGCUGAGUCAGCAGCGUUGGUUAGAGCACUACGGUGAGGUUGUCAUUAAAAACACCAAGAGCGACGUCUGCACUUGCAAGAUCACUUUUGUCAAGUCCCGGUAUUGGAGCUCUGAUAACAGCAAAAAUGAGGUCCAGGGUGUGGUUCUGGACCAGGCUGGAGAAGUAGUUCAUCGCUUUGGAGGGCUCUGGCACGAAGGGAUCUUCUGUGACACACUGCCGACACCCAAGUGCAUCUGGAAGCCCAACGUGCAGCCAGAUGACCACGCUCAGUUCUACGGUUUCUCCCGUUACGCCAGAGAGCUCAAUGAACUGACACCGGAGCUGAAAAAGGUCCUGCCUCCCACAGACACUCGCUACAGACCUGACCAGCGGCUGCUGGAGGAGGGUAAAGUGGCAGAAGCUGACAAGAGGAAGGACCAAGUGGAAGAGAAGCAACGCGAGAGGAGGAAGGAGAUGGCCAAGCAAGGAGAGGAACACACCCCCAGGUUCUUCAGGAGAUUGCUGGACGAAUCGGGAAGGGAAGUCUGGUUGUACAAUGGAACUUACUGGGACAUCCGCUCGGACCCAGGCUUUGCCCACACUGAAAACCUGGACCUGUGGUAGAGCUCUUGUGGUGAUGGACAUUUCUACAAUUGGAGUCCUCUAAAGCACACACGAGGGAAGAUGACGCGAGGGAAAUGCUUUUGAAUUCUAUGCCACAUAAAGAUGACGUGCAGCCACUGUUCAAAUGACGACUCUGCAGACAGAGACUGAUUCGGUUCCACUGUCACGCGUCUCUCUUUUCCUUGUGAAUGCCCUUUUAAAGCUUAGUUGACAAAUGUUAAGGUUUGUGCUUGACAGGAGGCCUAUGUAUGUAUGUGUAUUUCCUUCAUUGUUUUAUGAUGUUUGUGAGUAAAAUAUUUAUUUUGAUUUUAAAAGCUCCUGAGAUGAAAUUCUGGGUGUCUGCGUUUGCAGGAUGUUUGUUGUGUUCAACAGGUCACCUAGAGGCUUCACCGUCUGAAGUUGUCAUUUUUCAGUGCUUCAGAUGUCCUUUGUUGUUAGCACAGUGGUGACACUGACAGUCUUAGCUAUUCUGGCAUUUGUUCUUGUCAGAUCAUACACAGAGGGCAGCAUCUAUCAUUUUGACCAUUCAAUCGAUUCAUGUAUUGUUUCAUCAAAACAUUUUAAAUGAAAAAGAUACUCCUGUGAAUAGCCAGACAUUUCUUUUUACCUUUUUUUUAAAUAAAUUCUUUAAUCAA